CGCAGAUUGACUGGCCAGCGUCGCUUCAUUAUGGAUUACUCACCUUCCUCUCGGGCCUCGGCUGAAAAUCAAGUGCAUCAUGAUUGGCGACCGCAAAAACCUGGGGAAUACCAGUCCUGUUGCCAACCAUGGGGCCUGUCCGGCCAGCGAAAGGUUGCGGUUACUUCAACUGGUCGUCAGCCAGCUAAUUAUUUUGGUCUUCUUUUCCCUCUCCACUGACUGAUAGACCCCCCUCCCCACCGUCCACCAUGCCCGCUCAAACCCUCACCCGCGCUGAGGUCGCCAAGCACAACACCGAGGACUCUCUCUGGUGUAUCAUCGACCACCGUGUAUAUGACCUAACCGACUUUGUCGACGCCCACCCCGGUGGCAGCGUCGUCCUGGCCCAAGUCGCCGGCCAAGAUGCCACCACCGACUUCUACAACUUGCACCGACAAGAAGUCCUCGAGAAGUACCGCGAUCAGCUAUGCAUCGGUACGAUCGAAGGCGAGAAGCCCGAAGUCAUCGAUCCCAAGGUCGGCGCUUUGAGCCCCGUCCCGUAUGCAGAGCCGAUGUGGCUGCGCCCCCAGUUCAAGAGUCCGUACUAUAAAGAGAGCCACCGCCGGUUGCAAAAGGCCAUUCGCGAAUUCACGGACAAAUACGUCACACCCGAGGCCCAGGAGAAGGAGAGGGAUGGCACCUAUAUUAGUCAGGAGCUGAUUAACCGUAUGGCCGAGACGAAUGUCCUAGCCAUGCGACUUGGACCUGGCAAGCACCUGCACGGUCGCUCGCUGCUGGGCGGUGUCGUUGACGGCAAGGAGUUUGACUACCUGCAUGACAUGAUUGUCACGCAGGAGUUGGUCCGUGCGAAUGCUCGUGGUUUCCAGGAUGGAAACAUGGCCGGUAUGGCUAUCUCGCUUACUGCCGUGCAGCAGUGGCUGCACAACGCGGAGCUUAAGGAGCGGGUCACCGCCGAGGUCCUCUCUGGCCAGAAGAAGAUGUGUCUCGCCAUUACCGAGGCCUUUGCUGGUUCGGAUGUGGCCGGUCUGAAGACUACAGCUGAGAAGACGCCAGAUGGCAAGUACUACAUUGUCAACGGUACCAAGAAGUGGAUCACCAACGGCAUGUUCGCCGACUACUUCGUGACCGGCUGCAAGACUGAUAAGGGCUUCUCGGUCCUUCUUAUUCCCCGCGGCGAGGGCGUCGAGACCAAGCAGAUCAAGACUUCCUACUCGACUGCCGCCGCCACUGCCUUUGUGCAGUUUGAGAACGUCAAGGUCCCCGUUGGCAACCUGCUGGGCCAAGAGCACAAGGGUUUCAUCGUUAUUAUGAGCAACUUUAACCACGAGCGAUUCAUGAUGGUUGCUGCCGUUGUGCGCAUGUCUAUGACUAUCGUCGAGGAGUGUCUCAAGUGGUGCAACCAGCGCAUCGUCUUUGACAAGAAGCUGGUUGAGCAGCCCGCCAUCCGCCAGAAACUCGCCCGCAUGAUCUCUCUCACCGAGUCCAACCAAGCCUGGCUGGAAUCCAUCGCCUAUCAAAUGUGCAACAUGACCUACGCCGAGCAAGCCACCCACCUGGGCGGACCUAUCGGUCUGCUCAAGUCGCAUGCCACCCGGGCUGCCCAGGAGAUUGCCGACCACUCGACCAACAUCUUCGGUGGCCGCGGUAUCACGCAGAGCGGCAUGGGUAAGAUCGUUGAAAUGUUCCACCGCACGUACAAGUUCGAUGCCAUUCUGGGCGGAACCGAGGAGAUUUUGGCGGAUUUGGGUGUGAGGCAGGCGAUGAAGAAGUUCCCCAAGUCUAUGCUUUAGAGGUGCGAGUCUUUGAGUAGGCUUUUAGGGGACCUUUACACGAUUGUAUUAUUAUACCAAGGCCCUGCAGUUGAUACACUAUGAAGAAUAAGAUGCUGUUAAGUAUAUCGAUCAUGAUCUGAGGUAGUAUGUUUGUGCAACAGUGGCUAAGGGCAGCCUCGUUUUACGCUUCCCUAGCACUUCCUCAAGUAAGCUGGGAAAUACCCCCAGUUGUGG